AGGUGCCAGAGGCGGUUUUUAUAAAUUCUCACACCUUCGAGGGGAGGUGAGCAAACGUUAGAAACACAAGUGGGUUGACUUUUAGGCUGAGCCUAGAUUCUAGCAAAGGGCGGAGCUUCUCGGAAAGCGAAAGAAGGAGGGGCUGGCAGGAGACUUAAGGGAAGUAGGAAACUCCACAGGCGAGCUUACUGGACGGCACCGGGGGCCCAGGGUUGCCUGCCAUGUCUGCGGGAGGCCCCCGCGUGGGAUCCGUGUCCCUGGACUCCCUCAUGUUCUCCAUACCCUUGGUCGCGCUUAACGUGGGAGUGAGGCGCCGCCUAUCGCUGUUCUUGAACCCUCGGACUCCCGUGGCGGCCGACUGGACCUUGCUGGCGGAGGAGAUGGGCUUCGAGUACUUGGAGAUCCGAGAGCUGGAGACGCACCCCGACCCCACUCGCAGUUUGUUGGAUGCCUGGCAGGGGCGCUCUAGCGCGUCGGUCGGCAGGCUGCUAGAGUUGCUGGCCUUGUUAGACCGUGAGGAUAUACUGAAGGAGCUGAAGUCCCGCAUCGAGGAGGACUGCCAGAAAUACUUAGAGAAGCAGCAGAGCCAGGAGUCCGAGAAGCCCUUACAGGUGGCCAGAGUGGAAAGCAGUAUCCCACAAACAAAGGAACUGGGAGGCAUCACCACCCUUGAUGACCCCCUGGGACAAACACCAGAGCUUUUCGAUGCCUUUAUCUGCUACUGCCCCAAUGAUAUCGAGUUUGUGCAGGAGAUGAUCCGGCAACUAGAACAGACAGACUAUCGGCUUAAGUUGUGCGUGUCCGAUCGUGACGUCCUGCCGGGCACCUGUGUCUGGUCCAUUGCCAGUGAGCUAAUUGAGAAAAGGUGUCGCCGCAUGGUAGUGGUUGUUUCUGAUGAUUAUCUACAAAGCAAGGAAUGUGACUUCCAGACCAAGUUUGCACUCAGCCUGUCUCCAGGCGUCCAACAGAAGCGACUGAUUCCUAUUAAAUACAAGGCGAUGAAGAAGGACUUUCCCAGUAUCCUGCGGUUCAUCACUAUAUGUGACUAUACCAACCCUUGCACCAAGUCCUGGUUCUGGACCCGCCUUGCCAAGGCUUUGUCCCUGCCCUGAAGAUGAUCCUGGGAGUCCUAGGGCAGAGGGGAAGGUGAGCCUGUCUCGGAGCCGGACUCUCUGAUGCAUCUUUGACUCCCCACGGGCUCAGCCCGUGUUCAAUGAUGACUGGCCUGAGCAACUGGGACUGCCUUUCCUCCCAGCCACCCAUGCCUGUGCACGCACCUCAGUACACACAUGCCUCCUUGCACACACAGGCAUCUGCAUACAUGUGUUUCCUUUCGGACAGCUCUUAAGAAUAGUUGAGUGAAAGAGUUCUACCAUCAAGGGGGCCUGGCCACCUCCCUGGACAAAAAUGGGGUGCUUUUGCUACAGGUAGUGGCACAGGCCUAUAGUUUCAGCAUUUGGGAGGUAGAGGCAGGAGAAUCAGGAGUUCAAGGUUAUCCUUGCCUACACACCUAGUUUAAGGUCAGCCUGGGCUAUAUGAGAGCCUACCUCCCCCACCCCAACCCCUGCCCCCAGAAAAGAAGAAAAAUAUGGGGGCACUGUUGAUUUCUCCUCUCUUUUCUCCACCUGUUGAAAGCAAAGUCUAGAAAGGCCCCAAACGUGAUAGCAUUUGGGCCCUUAGCAAACUGAAGAUAAAAAAGGAGAAGCUGUUUGGCUUCGCCCCACAAGCCAGCUGCAGGCUCAGCUGUUUUCUCCCCAGCAGUGAAGUUUGCAUAUUCCUCUCAAGUUCUCUAUCAUAGAGUCAAUGUCAUGGUCCCUCUCAGGGCAUACCCCCAGGGUCCUGAGUCCCCAAGAAAAUGGGUCUCCCCUCAGUGUCUGGGGGAAGAAUGGAGGCCUCUUUGCACAGUCUCAUGGGGGCAUUUCAGUGCUUGAUAUUGAGCAUUUUAAAGUAACCUGGGGAACGUGUCUCCUACACCUGUUUUAGAGGUUUCAUGGGAAUGUCAAUAGAGAAAGAAGGGCUCGUGUUUGUACUUUGUACUUCUGUGUGUGAAUUUAUAAUAAAAAGUAUUCUAUUUUGAGAAAGUGUA